AUGCCUUUGUUGAGAUUCUUCACUAUCAUUGCAUCGAAAUUUAGCUUGAUGACCCCUCCGGAGAUACCCAAACCGGCCGACAACACCGGUCGAUGGCAAGGGCAUUGGCCAAACCCUAACCUUAACCCUCGUUGCAAAAGAAAAAGGCUAAAAGAUGGUUCACCAACACACGAAGUGCGGCAAACCACCACUAAAGCCUAUUUCCCUCGUGAAAUGGGCAGCCAAUCUUUAGUUUCUUCUCCUUCCUUUGCUAUAUUUUUGUGCCAAUACCUAGUUGACGGUAGGAUGAGUUUGUCUUCCAUAGCAAGACGACUAUGUUGUUCAAGACAGUCAUCCACAAGUCGACUUUCAGUAGUUUUGGCUCGUCUGCACAGCACCGAGGCUGCAAAAGACACUGGUGCUAAGAGGUACAAAUAUCCUGAAGUCUAUGACCCAUAUGGGCCUAUGCCACCAGCAUCAGAGAAAGUUGUGGGUCUAGCGGACCGCAUUGCCGCUCUUCCUCCUGAGGAGAUCAAGCAGAUAGCUCCAGCUCUCCUUCUCAGACUGAACCAGCCAGCACCACAGGCAAUUUCUGGCCAGGGUUUUAGUAUGGGUUCUCAAGGUGGUGCAGGGGCUGGCGCCGCAAAGUCUGAAGAGAAAAAGGCUGAGAAGCUAGUAUUCGAUGUCAAGUUGGAGAAAUUUGAGGCUGCUGCAAAGAUCAAGAUUAUCAAGGAGAUCAGAACAUUUACCGAUCUGGGGCUGAAGGAUGCGAAGGAGUUGGUGGAGAAGGCCCCUGUUAUUCUGAAGCAGUCACUCACGAAGGAGGAAGCGGAAGCAAUCAUCGCAAAGAUCAAGGCAGCUGGUGGUGUUGCUGUGAUGGAGUGAAGGAUCAAAUUCUGAACACUGCAAUCCUUAUUUCUUUCUUCUGAUUUUGUUAGCAUGAUGGAGCAUUCCAGGUCUGAGGAUCUCUAUACUUUUGGAGGAAAUGGUUUACUUGUGACAGGUAACGAAAGCGAGAUGCGAACUAGAUAUUUAGUUGCUACGUUGGCGUUCUAGAAUAAGACUUUCUUUCAGUAUCGCAUAUCUUUCCUGAUGGAACACUGUUGAUACUGGAACUGGGUGAAGAAAUGUCAGACGCCGUUUUAUGAA